AUCGAGCUCCGGGUAGGGAGCGAAGUUUUGAUCCUUGAAGGCCACUCGAGCUACACAGCGGCCAAGCUGAACUCGACAAUUGCCUCGCUCAAGGCAAAGCGCCAGCAGCAAGCCGCAGAACAGACGCCAACUGCCCCGGAAUCAACGCCAGUCCGUGUGGAUGUACAAACGACCCAGAUGGCCAAGUGGAGCUGGGAGGUUACCAGCGAGAUUACUCCAGUGGCGAGCAAGGCUGUCCCAUGUGUUCCUGUGAUGGGCUCAGAUGCCACCGACCCGGCUCUGGUCACGUUCGUUUGUCGACGAGUCCAUGUCUUCAAAGACCAUGAGUGGAAAGAGUUGGCAUGCCGGAAACUGUCCGUGAACGUUACCGAAGACAGCGUCGGCACCCCUCGAUCGUGGAUUGCGCUGGCGUGCCCGUGGACGUUUCGGAAGUACAUCGACAUUCGAAUCACGCCAUCCUGUCGAUGGACAUCCAACAGCACAAGCGAAAAGGUUUGCUUCCUGGACAUGGGCGAGACUGGAGCACAUGUCUUUCUCUUUGAACUCAGCGAUGCCGCCCAGGCCUCGGAUCUGACUCAUGCGCUUGAGCACCAGAGUGCUCAGAGCAUCCAGCAACGCUUCAAGGUGCUCAGCAACUACAUGCUUGAUGAAGACUUGGUGAACGACGACGGCGGCACGGACAUGAAUGACGACACGGAUGCCGUCAUGCAGCCCUUUGACGAGCUGUGGAUCCAGGCCGAUGCCCAGUGGAAGUCGCUGGGACCUGUGACGGUCCAUCUCGGCUGUCCAAACGCCUUUGGAACUCGGCUGAGCAUCCGAAGCACCAGAAGUCCGGGGCUUGUCUUUGCCAGAGCACAACUCCAACCCGGAGCCUGUGCAUCAAGGUCGCAAAAGGAUUGGCUCGAGCUGAGGCUCUUCCGGGACUUUGAGUAUACUUACCGGCUCUAUUCCCAGGCCGACACAAUCAAGGUCUUCGGCCAAGCUCUCGCCGAAGCGAUCCACGGCGAUCCACUUGCCGAUGCAGCUGGCGACAGGACACAUUCUAGCACCGAAGGGAAUCCUGACGUUGAUAUGGAGGCCGAUCUCGGCGCCAUGAGUCUGCUCGAGUCCUCUGCAACGAUCGCAGGCGGCACCAAGUACCCACCAGCAACCCAGAGCGAAGAAACGAUCGAGUACAAGCCGAAACAGAGCAGCGAGCACAAGGUCGACGACAUGCAUACCGAUGGCUGUCCGUCGUCCAAGAUGGCCUCGCGCAAGUCCAACAGCUCGACAACCUGGACAGAGCAAAUGGAGCUGAUAAACAAGCUGGCAAGGCGCUUCAACGACUGGAUUCUCAAGUAGCGCACUGCGGACUACCUGUCGCUGGCUUCAGCUGCAAAAGCGAUGUGUUGGUCUCCUGUUGGAUCGCCGCCAGUAGAGUGCGUUGAAAGACAAUAAGGCACUGUUUCUCUCAGACAAAACACGCCAUAAUUGGAUCAUAUCGUGCGCUCGACCGACGAUGGGCAAGUGUGCCAAAUCGUUUCUG